AUGUGCGGGCGUUUUGCGAAUGGGCUGUCCUACGACGAGUUCUCGCAGGCGAUUGAUACGCUGCUGCCGCCUGCCCUGCGCGAUGACGAUGACUCUGCGGACCAGUAUUAUCCCACCUUUAAUGUAGCGCCCGGGACACGGUACCCUGUCGUGCGCGCAAAAGAGCACAACUCGAUGCUGGUCGAAACGAUGCGGUGGGGUAUUCCGCUGGACAAGCUCGCCCCGUCUAGCCAAGAGGACCGCAUGGACGGGCACCGUGUGAUUAAUUCGCGUGUAGAUACCCUGAUGCAGUCCAAGAGCGUGUGGCGCAAGCUCCUCACCUCGCACCGGUGCAUUGUAUUCUGCCAAGGGUUCUACGAGUGGCAAAAAGUGCCGAUCCCUGGUGAAAGCAACGUACGACGCGUACCACACUUUGUGGGAAUGAGUGCAUCGGGUGAAGGACGUACGGACUCGAGCGGAAAGCACAAGCAGCUCAUGCCUAUGGCUGGACUCUGGGCCGAUAUCGAUGAGGGUGGCCAGAAAGAACGCGUCUUUACCAUUCUCACAACACAGUCCAACAAGCAGCUCGACUUUUUGCAUGACCGCAUGCCAGUGAUUCUCCCUGAUGCUGAUGCAAUGACAUUAUGGCUCGGCGUUUCUAUCGUCAAGCAAGAAGGGCCACCGAGUCUUGACCAACUUGUACCACUGCUUAAGCCCUAUACCCAUCCGCUCGAGUGCUACGUUGUGCCAAAAGAAGUGGGACGUGUCGGUACCUCGAACGAGAACUUUAUCUUUCCGGUAGAGCACCGCAAAGACGGCAUCCUUGCCAUGUUUCAGUCUGCCAAGGUGAAGCAAGAAAAGGAUAGUUUGGAGGCAUCUGUCAAGCACGAGGAUAGCAGUGCACUUCCAAAACAAGAACCUGGAAAGGGGGAGCCAGCCAAUCCCCCGGCCGUAAAGCAGGAGCCAUCGUUGUCUCCAGCCAAGCACGAGCCCCACUUGCACGAGCACACGACGCCGACCAAACGCGGACCGAACCCCCCCGCCACGCCCUCGCCCCGCAAACGUGCCAAGCCCAGCCCGAAAAAGGCCCACGGUACGCCGAGUCUCGAAUCCUUUUGGAAUUAG